AAAACAGACUCUAUCUCUUCCUCAAAAGUUGAAUCUCAACCGCGAAACAAGCUUUUCGUUUAAUUUCUCUCCUCGCAAUCGUCUUUGCCGCUCUGCUAAAAUUUUCCCUCUCUCUCUCUCUUUCUCUCUCUGUUUUCUCAAUUCUCCUCCCUCCCAAAAUAACUAAACCCUAACUCUCCCCACGCACAGGUACCUCUCACCUAAAAGUUUUUUCUCUCUCUCUCUCUUAAUCUCAGAUCUAUUCGAUUCCAGAUUUCUUUUAUCUCUUUACUACUUGGAUCUCCCUUUUUUAACUUUCCUUCUGAAUUUCUUUGAUGCUCCGAUUCUGGUGUAUUUUCGAUAUUCAUAUAAUUUAUCGAUACCAACAGGGUUUCUGCGGAACACCAUCGUCUGCCAAUUUUUGAAUUGAAUAUCACAACGAAUUUGUGGUCGGGCUUUUGAAGAAGGAAAUUCAGCAUAAUAACCGUAAGCGAAUUGUGCUGUGGUAUCAAUUAUCAUUCAGUUGUGCUUUUAGUUAUUGAAUGCUGUCUCAGAAGAGUAUUGAGUCUCCGGUGAAGUUAUUCCUGGAUGGGAGAAGCAGUGGGGGAAGAGACGGUUUGUUUGGCUGUGUUAACAGAUGGGGAAAUGGAGAACGAUAAGCCUUCGAAAACCAAAACGACCGAAUUGAAGCGAGGUCAUCAUUUUCUUGAAGAUAAAGAUAAUGGAGAAGCCGACCCAUACCCAUUUCCGAACAAGAAAAUAGCAAAAGAAGUUUCAAAUGAUGAUAUACGCUCAGAAGUUACGAAUCCUAUAAUUUCUCCGAAAGAGAAUGCCUCCAGUUUUCAAGAUAUCACUAGCCAACCUGCUAAAUUGACCAAUUUAGAGUGCGGAGAAGUCACCUCUACUACGUGUCCCGGGAAUUCAAGCUCAGAGGAGACCUUGAGCGAUGGUGAGCCAAGUGGUAAACAAGAUACUGAAUCUCGAAUUACUAACGAUACGCGUGGUGCUACCUUGACGUCUCGCGUUGUACUGGAAAUUCCCGAGCACGUCAGUUCAUCUGGGAUACGAAAAAUUACUUUUAAAUUCAGCAAAAGAAAGGAUGACGAAGACGACAGCCAUUCCUCAGCUGCUUUAGUACCUCAGCCUGUAACUGAAUCUGAUGACUUCGGUAGUGGCUCGUUUUAUGUUCCUUCCAGAGAAAUGGUUGAUACAAGGUUUGCCGAAACCAGCAAAUUUCAUUUAUGUACUCCCAAUUUAGAAUUGAAAAUGUCUAAAAAGGUUGUUCCCAGCAGCUACCCUACAAAUGUUAAGAAGCUCUUAGCGACGGGUAUCCUUGAUGGAGCUCGUGUGAAGUAUAUUUCUGCUACACCAGAGAAACAACUACAGGGAAUCAUAAGUGGCGGUGGGUAUUUGUGUGGCUGUUCCUCAUGCAAUUUCUCCAAUGUACUGAGUGCAUAUGAGUUUGAACAGCAUGCUGGUGUGAAGACUCGGCAUCCUAAUAAUCACAUAUUCCUGGAGAAUAGUAGGCCAAUCUAUAGCAUCAUUCAAGAACUGAAGACUGCUCCUCUCAGCAUAUUAGACGAAGUGAUCAAAGACAUUGCUGGUGCCUCUGUUAAUGAGGAAUACUUCCGGAUUUGGAGAGCAACUCUUCAGCAAAGCAGUGGAAUGGCUGAAGUGGAUAAAAGGCAUUACAUGAAACUUCCAAAGUUGGCUCAUACACCUGUAGGCUGCUCUAAUCUGGCUGCAGAAGAUAGUUUUAGCCCUGCUUCGUAUACUUGUGUGCAGAAUGACUUGGUCAAAAGAGAAAUACAUGUGGAGAAAGUGGAGGAGCGGAAACGUUUAAUGAAGAAACCAAGCUCCUACAGUUCUAACUCAGUUGUGCAACACAAGAAAUCUGCUGACGGUGUCACCAAGAGAAGGGAUAAUGAUCUUCACCGGUUAUUAUUUAUGCCAAAUGGACUUCCAGAUGGAGCUGAGUUGGCAUACUAUGUUAAAGGACAGAAAAUACUUCGUGGCUACAAGCAGGGAAAUGGAAUAGUCUGUAAUUGCUGUAAUAGGGAGGUUAGUCCUUCUCAGUUUGAAGCUCAUGCCGGGAUGGCCGCCAGACGUCAACCCUAUCGUCACAUCUACAUUUCCAAUGGAUUGACACUUCAUGAUAUUGCUAUUUCAUUGGCUAAUGGACAAAACCUUACUACUGGUGACAGUGACGAUAUGUGUGCAGCAUGUGGAGAUGGAGGCGAUCUGAUAUUAUGUAGUGGAUGCCCUCGAGCAUUUCAUGCAGCUUGUUUGGAUUUUCAGAGGGUUCCAGAACAUGAUUGGCAUUGUCCCGAUUGUAAAGAUAAAUUUGAUCCUGGUAAAAAAACUGCUGCUGGAGAAUCUACGAAUAUUGCCAGACCAAUUGUAAUAAGGUUGACAAGAGUUGUAAAAGCACCUGGAUUUGAUAUUGGUGGUUGUGUUGUUUGCAGGGGCCACGACUUCAGUGCAGCGAAAUUUGAUGAGCGAACGGUUAUGCUUUGUGACCAAUGUGAGAAGGAGUUUCAUGUUGGUUGCUUGCGGAACACUGGAUUAUGUGAUUUAAAAGAACUCCCCAAGGAUAAGUGGUUUUGUUGUGAUGACUGCAAGAUGAUUCAUAUGUCUCUUCAGCAUUCAGUAUCCAUUGGAGCAGAGAUAGUUCCACCUUCACUUUCAUAUGCAAUGAUCAGGAAGCAUGCAGAGAGAGGAUUAUUUGUUGAUGGAGCAAUGGGUGAUGAUGUUCAAUGGCGAAUUUUAAGUGGAAAAAGUCGCUAUCCUGAACAUCUUCCCUUUCUUUCAAGGUCUGCUGCAAUUUUUCGAGAAUGUUUUGAUCCUAUUGUUGCAAAAUCUGGUCGUGAUUUGAUUCCUGUAAUGGUCUAUGGGAGAAACAUAUCUGGUCAGGAGUUUGGUGGAAUGUAUUGUGUAGUUUUAAUUGUGAGGUCAAUUGUUGUAUCUGCUGGCCUUCUUAGGGUUUUUGGUCGGGAGGUCGCUGAGCUUCCUCUUGUGGCUACAAGUAGAGAACAUCAAGGAAAAGGUUAUUUUCAAGCAUUAUUUUCAUGUAUAGAGAAGUUGCUGUCUUCCUUGAAUGUGGAAAAUCUGGUGCUCCCUGCCGCUGAGGAAGCUGAGUCUAUAUGGACAAAGAAGUUUGGCUUCAAGAAGAUGAGUGAGGAACGAUUGUCAAAGUAUCUGAGGGAGGUUCAGUUGACAAUAUUCAAGGGAACUUCAAUGCUAGAGAAGGUGGUGCAGCCAAGUACAGAAUAACAAUUUUAAGAAUUCCACACUUUAUUUUUGUUUUAUUUUUUUAAAAUUAUUUUUCCUAUUUUGUGAUUCCUCUUUACUGUAAUAUUGCUGGUUUUCUUCUUCUUUUUUUUUUUUUUCUUUUUUUUUUGGCUGCCCCCCGCUUAAUAGCGGUUAGCAUUAUUUCUGAGGAUUUGUUUUGUUCUUGGACAGACUAGAAAUGAAGAGUGGGUGAAGUAGGAAGGAUAAGUGCAUGUAAAAAAAAAAAUUAUAAAAAAAAAGAAAAAAAAAAAGAGAAGGUGAAAAUGAGUGCAUGCUGAAUUUUUACUAUGCAUGCAUAUGAGCAAUAAAUUUCUAUAUAUAUAUAUAUAUAUAUUUCCUGUUAUAUAGUUAGUAAUGUAUUUACAUGUAAUUUCAAUCUCAUGUAUAAUGAAUAUUUUUCCUUUAGUUAUUGGAAUUUAGUCUAUGUUAAUCUUUGAACGCAGAAAA